UGAGCGUGCGAGCAUACACGCGCAACGCUCGCCGACGCGUUGAUAUAGAUCACUGCCACCAGAGCGCGGGCGCAGAGGUGCGCUCGCGACGCCUGCGCACAAAUGAGAGCUCUCCUCCGGCUGCUGGCACUCUGCUUGCUUUCUACUGGCGCGCGGGCGUUCGUUUGGCCGCAUGCCUCGACAAGGGGCGGGCGCGGUCGGUCCGCGUCGGCCGCGUCGGCCUCGGCGCCCAGCGAAGACGAAGAGGGUCUCAUGGUGACGAUCGCGAAGGUGCGGCGGCCGCUCGGAGUGAUUCUCGAGGAGCGCGAGGGCGGCAGCGGCGUCGAGGUGCUGGACAUUGACCCGCGCGGAAACGCCGCCGGCGAGGAUGUCUUGGUCGGCGACCGCGUGCUCAUGAUCGACGCCCAGCAAUGCGGCGAUGAGGGCUUCGACGCCGUCGCGGGCCGGAUCGGCGCUUCGGCGGGGGACCGCGUCGAAUUGACGCUGGGUCGGAGGAUCGGCACUGUGCGCAUCAUUUGGCCCAAUGGGGCGCAAUCAGGCGCGUUACCGGGCGAGCCGCUCCAGGAGCUCGCCCUGAAAGCAAGGUACCCGGUAAAGUACGCCUGUACGUCCGGGUCGUGCGGAACCUGCGAGCACAGGUUGAGAACGCCGGGCGACGAUAUUCGGUAUACGCGCCUAUGCGUCGCGCGGGUGCCGAAGGGCAAGGAGGUCGCCCAGGUCCUGCCGGGGGACCGGUUCUAG